AUGCCUCCCCGAAAGUCCACGUCCUCAAGUACGGCGCACGCCGAGACCAACGGCGACGUUUCAAUGGUAUCGAACGCUUCAACCACGACUACGACGACACACGCACAUCCAGCGGCAGCCUCACAUCCCAAAUCGUCGCGACAGUCCGGUGGACACAAGCAGCAGCAAGAUGACGGAGUCAGUAUAGAUGAUCUCCUUCUUCCACGGAGCCUCGUGUCACGUCUCGCGCGAGGCGUAUUGCCUGCCAACACGUCGAUACAGAAAGACGCGACACUGGCGCUCGCCAAGUCGGCGACGGUCUUCAUAUCGUACCUUGCGCACCACGCCAACGAGCAGACGACCAAGAAGACCGUCAGCCCCCAGGACGUGAUCAAGGCGUUGGAGCAGAUCGAGAUGGGCGCCGUCAUGGGGUUGGGCGCGACGGGGCCAGACGGCAGGCGGGGCGGCAGGUUGGAGAGGGAACUCGAGGCGUACGAGGAGCACAUCAGGGGAAAGAGGAAGGGGUACCGUGACAAAGUCAAGGCCCGGGAGGGCGUCGGGGAUGGGCAAAACUUAGAUCGGACUGUUGGUGCUGGUGCCGCUGGCGCUGACGAUGAAGACGAAGAGGAGAGGGGUGAACCUAGCAACAAGAAAGCGAGACGGAUGAGCGCCGAGGAAGAGGAAGAGGACGAUGACGAUGAGACGAUGCUGCUUGAGGCACAACUCAAUGGCGGCAACGCCGUAAGGACGAACGGGGAUGACGAUGACGAUGACGACGACGACCAUGAUGAGGGCGAAAAUGACGCUGAUCAAGAUGAAGAGGACGAGGUGGAGGACGAAGACGAAGACGAAGAUGAGGAUGAUGAUGAAGAAGAAGAAGAAGAGGGAGAGGAGGGGGAAGAAGAACAGGAUGCCGACGAGGAGGCUGUCAACGACGCCGACGAGCUAGAGGGCAGAGACGACCGGAGGAACCAUACGAACGGGAGGAGAAUAGCACUCAUGCCUGAUGGGAACGUGGAUAUGAGCGGCGACGAAAGUGACUGA